UGCCUAGAUUUUGCAAGGCUGCUCAUGUUCUGUAAGCCCCAAAAGAUCAUACAUAGUGCUUUUGACUCAACACUUAAAUUAUAUGGAACCAAAGCUGAAGAAUUGUGAAACUUAUAAACUGCGGAAAGUACUCAUGAUGAUGCUCCUGCCUGGGCUCUCUGCAGAUCAUGUCCUCUGCAGAGCAUGUCCUAGAUAAAGAUGAAAUAGCAUCCAUAUAGAAAUGUUGACGGGCUUCAAGGCACUUUCCAAGGACAAGGUUAAGGAGAGAUGUGAAGGCCAUCAACUGGGGAAUGCUCUGACCUGGUAUCCCAAGCAAGUUCCCAGCAGGCUAUCAAGGCUGGCAACUCCAAUGUGAAAGAUAGGACUUCUACCAAGAGAUGAGUAAAGGUCAGGAAACCUAUUGCAAAGAGAAAAAAUUCAUACCAACAAGAAACCUCACACAAGUCCAAAAUAUCUGUGCUUAACCUUGGAAAACAUUUAGAGUGGAGGAGAGCACCCUGAAACAGAAGAGGGUCACCAAAUAUAUGAGACCACACAAUCUUGCUGCACCUGGAACUGAAAACAAAUGCAAGUUGAUUUAAAAAUAGCGAUGAGAUAAUUUUUGGCCAAUAAGGAGGAAUGAGGUGGAAAAGAUCUAGCAAGAAAUCAUGGGAGGUCUAUGAAGAACCAGACACAGCAAAUGGAAUGAAAUCCUGGUUGCAGUCUCUUGAGGUUGUCGCAAGCAGUUCACUGAAAUGUUUGACAUUUGAGCUGAGCUGACUACUUUGCUAAGGAUAGUUCAAAAUGAGUAUAUUGCCUCCUGUGAUGCUCCAAAGCCCAAAGAGUCAUCCCAGCUUCCUAGAGAAGAUGGUUUGCUGUUCAUCAAAACUUGCAAGGAUUCAUUUGAUCAAAGACAAAGAUGCCAUAGAUCAUUAUUUGGCGAUGAAUAUCAAAGGGUUGUCAAAACAAGAGGCUGCUGCUUACAGGAAUUCAUACAAGAAAAACAUCUGCAUAGACAUGCUGCAACAGGGUUAUCACAAAUCCUUCUCGGAGCUCUUCACUCUGAUACAGAAGUGGAAUGCCUUGAGGGAGGCUGCAGGGCCUGGGUCAGCCAUAUGGCAGCAAAAGUCCCUGGAGGAGCAGCCUGAUAAGCUGGAUCAGCUUCACCACUUCCUGACCAGGGCUGAGGCAGCCCAACGAGCAGAAUACUAUGAAGAUGUGUACAUUAACCAGCUUAGUUUGGCCUAUUGCUUCAACAACCCUGAAGACAAAUGGUUAGGGAAUUAUUUCUAUGAACAAUGUUUUAACACUGCUCAACUGAUCAAAAUUGAUGGGGGGAAAAAGGAGGCUGAGGCACAUGCAAAUAUGGGCCUUGUCAAUGAGGAACAAGGUCAGUUCAUGAAAGCUGCUGAGCAUUAUGAAGCAUUCUAUCAACUGACAGUAGGGCGGAUAUGGAAGGAUGAGACAAGCCAUACUUACAACUCACUGGCCUGUGAGCAUCUCUGGAGAAUUUACACAUUACUCGCAGACAAAAUGCUAGAAAAUAAAGAACACCAACAGGCCAUCAAAACUCUAAUAAAAGCUUUUGAAAUGGCAAAAGAAGGUGGUGAUAAGAAGAUGGAAGGAGAAGCUGCCUAUUGCUUAGGUUUAGCAUAUCAUUCUGCCGGAGAGGAACAGACAGCAAUAUUAAAUCUGAACACCUACAUAGAAAUUUCCACAGCACUGUGUGAUAUGGUUGGCCUAGGGAGAGCAUAUCAAGCUAUAGCCAAGGUCCUGGUAAGCCAGGGAAAAGUGACUGAGGCUAUUAAGUACUUGGAAGAGUUUGUGAAGGUUGCCAAGAGUGCUCAUCUAAGCCGCAGCCUUGUGGAUGCAUGUGUAUUCCUUGGAGAUAUCUACAAUGAAAAAGGAAACUAUAACAAGGCCUGUGAAUAUUUCAGUCAGGCUUUUGAGGCAGCAAACACUCUAACUAACUUGCCCUUGAUGGAUGAAACAAAGGUUUAUUAUGGCAUUGCAAAAGCUCAUAACAUGAUGGUGGCAGUUAACAGCUAUACAGAAACUGCAGAUCCCGUCAGUGUUGAGUACCUGCUGGCAUGGAAGGAGAACAGAAGUGACAUGUGCACUGACCCUUUUACAGUCGAACUUCCUAAAGAGGCAAGUGUUUUGGAGACCCUUUGAACCACUUCUGAAGACACCAGUUCAAGAACUUCUCUGACAAUUCCAGGUAGAGAAAAAAACUGCCAAAUCCUUUUGAUGAAAUCAAGAAGAUCCUUGUUAGACAACACACACCAAAGUUUGAAUUUCAGCUUUGAAUUUAAACAGGAGCAUAGUUUGGCACUGCAAGCACCCAGACAUCAGAAGUCCUUGCAUGAGUGGUGUCAUGUGCGAUAUGUGUCACAGUGGCUUUUAUCUUAAAUACCUUGUGUUGUUGAAAUAAAAUAGAGAAUGAAAGGAAUGAUUAUGAAAGAAAGUGAGUUACUUUGUAUUUAUGUAUUACACACCCUUUCCUCCAAUGUGCUGUGCAUCUCCUGUGAGGUCCUGCUGAGCAUCCUUAACUCCUACUGGAGACAAUGAAAGUGGAAGCUGAAGACAUGCAGCGCCUUGUAAGGUUCUAAAUACAUGUGAUAAAUAUACAUUAAAAUCCAACAUACCUUUCUUUUCAGUAAAAGUCAAUGCAGUGCUUGACCCCUUUUACCUGGCACUUUCAUCCAAGGUUAACAACUGUGCUUAGCAGCUGCGUAUCAGCUCAGUUCUAAUGCACUUAGAAUAGAUCCAACCUGGUUGGUGCACUUUCGCAUGGUUUAGAUCUCAGUUAUAAUACAGUUUGGCGCCAGCCAGGUUCAGACACAACAAAGUUUGUUGAAGCUGUGCUUAAGCAUAGUCACAAAACUCUGCUGAAAGCCCUAAAGAAGCCAGGCAUUAGAAAUGCUGUUUACUCCCACAAAUGACACAUUAAUCUAAACAAUAGGCUAACAUAAGUACAUCUACUAGUGCAAAUGUUUCCUAUUGAAAUAUUUUUUUUACAUUUUCAAAGCUCCCUUUUCAAGUGUAACCUUCACUUAUUCAAGUAACUAACGGUUUAAACCAGUGAUAUGCAACAUAUGGCCCAUGGCUGGAUCCAACCUGCAGUAUGGGGGAUCUGUGACAAGCGGCUUGGCCCAACACAUCUGCUUUCCUGCCCCAUGUUGUGCAGUUGAUCCCUUCUGCAUCCCCCCAGUCUUUCCAUCUCUUCUCCCCUAGGCAGGCACUGCUUAUUCUCUGUCUCCCUCUCUCCCUCCCCCUUCCCUAUGGCAAGCAUUGUUUCCUGGAGGUAAGUUCUCUCCCUCUCCACAGACCUCUAACACUGGCAGCCACUUCCCUCCUCUCUUUCCCUUUCCAGCUUCCAUACUGGAUAGGAGUGGUGGUCCAUGGUGCAACCCCUGCCCUGCCACUCUGAAAAGUUGAGCACCAGUAUUUUAAACCAGUGGUAUUUAACCCUUUGACUUCAUGUACCAGGAUUGGGCCCUCACCCCUGGAUUGGGCCCCAUGAGGCCUUGGUUGGCUCCACAAGCCACAUUGGGCAUGCACACCAGGAUCAGAUCCCUUGCCAUCUCCACAUGCACUGCAUGCUGGGAUCAGGCCCCAGAGCCCUGCACCACCUCCGUCCAGCCCCAUGCAUCAAGAUUGGGUCCUGCACCACCCUGCAUGCAGGGUCACGGUCCAUAGGACUCCCCAAAGACCCAAAGGGAGCUUUAUGGGCAAUGUGACAGUGCCAGGGACCAGACCUAGCCGGUGGGCCAGGGCUUAAAAUAAUCUUGAUGAAUAAAAACCUUAUAGUAAUCUUAAAGCUUUAUUCCUUUAGUACAUUAAUGUCUAUUUAGAGAAUUUUAGUUGGAGCCGGCUAAUUUCUUCUUGGUGCUGGAUUCAACCUGGGACCCUAAUCAGGCUGACUUCAGUGGGCUUUCUCAAUUCUCAGUGACUAGUUGCCAAGGGGCAAAACACCUUGACAUGGGUAGAACUAGGGAGAUAGAAAAUAUAGGUUAUUAUUUUGGGAAAUGAGCCUGGCAUGCUCACUCCAUACAUACAACAGCCCAAAACAUGAUGUACACCCCAGGGAAUCGCACAAUUAUAUGCCCUUGUCAUUUUGUACAUAAAACAUAUGACAACACAUAAUUGCAUAAUACUGCAUAAUUUAACCCAGGUGGGCUCUGUGCCUCUAUACUUCCAUGGGGCUCCUGGCACUCCAGCUGGGAGACCCCUGUGGAGGCACUGAGUGUGAUGCACAACUGGACAGCUGCUAAGUGGGGAGGGGAGCUCCUGCCUGCUGGAGUGAGGUGUGGGAUUUGUGAGUGGAUGUAAGGAUUUGUGAGGGUGGGUGUGGGGAUGGGUAUCCCGCCCACCCCCCCACUACAUACCCCCUAUGGCGCACCACCCCCACUGCCAGUGGCAGCAGCAGCAGGCAGAGGGCCCUUGGGGCAUUCAUGGCCAUGGCAGGCAGAGCCCCCCAGUGGCACAUGGCUCCAGCUGAGUCCUGGGGGCUGCACAUGGCAGCACAGAGCUUGCCCGGCUCACUGGAACACGCCUUUGGACCAAACCAGGCUGGCUCCAUGCCAGCACAGGGGGCUCACAUCACUGCAGGGAGGAACUGUAUACCAUUGGACUAAACUGGCUCCAGUGGGAAGCUGCACACAGAGGCACAGAGCCCACCCAGCCUGAUGGCACGCGACUCCCCAGAGCUCCCAGUCCACUUGCCAUCGGGUUAGAUGGGCUCCAUGCCACCAUGUGAGGCUUCCUGCUGGAGUGCUGGAAGCCCCACCUGCAGGCACAGAGCCGGCCCAGCCCGAUGGUGUGUGGCUCCCACCUGCAGUGCCAUGGGCCCCACAUGCUGGUGUGAAGCCAGACUGGUCUGCUUCGAAGGCACAUGCCAGUGUAUCAGGCCAGGCCAGCUCCAUGCUGCCACAUGCAGCUCUCAGGACUCAGUGCAUAAUUUUGAAUUUUUCUGCACAUAAUUCCCUGGGGUGUAAUGUAAUAAUGUAACUGUUGUGGGUACAUGCCAGUGAGCUUGCUGUCUUGGGCAUGUUUGUUGCUGUGCACCCAGUUUUGCACUAAAAGUUCCACAUAAUAUCCAUUUCAGGGUGUAGUGCACAUAUGGCAUAACUGCAGCAGUUCUUAGCAUGGUCAGGAGGAAGUGCAGACAAGCCCCUGGAGUUGUAUCUGGAAAAACUGAUUGUAUAUCAUAUCUUCAAGAAAACUGUUCUUUGAGAUCUACAUAACCAAAGGUUUAUGGGUACAGAUCACUGAGAUUUUUUUCUUUAAGAUAAAGAUUCCCAGGUUCAGAGUCUGAAGCAGGGUCCAUUAAGCCUUGAGUCAACUUUUAGGACAAUCUCCAUGAAAAUCAUAUCUGUAACUGUAACACUAAUACUCAGUACUGAUUCACUUCUGGAUAGCAAUCUGUGCAACUGAUUACUAACAUCUGAUGGUAAGAUUUGUUUCUAUUAAGACAGUAUAAAAUAUACAACAUUAAUGAACUUAUUCGGCAACACUUUGGAUCAGGAUGCCAUAUUGUAACAUAAAUACAGCAUCUGUGACACAUUUUAUUUUCUGUCUAGAAAUCUGUAUUGUGUAAAUAUUAACUUUGUUACAGAAAUGUUCAUUUUAAAUCUUAAAUAAAUCUUAGAGGAAAGCUCCUACUUAUAUUUAUAGUUUCUUAAAUGCACAUAUGUAUAUUCUUAGAUAGAUAGAUAGAUAGAUAGAUAGAUAGAUAGAUAGAUAGAUAGAUAGAUAGAUAGAGCUGUGUGUGUGUAUGUGGUCUUUUAAAUCUCUUUAAUAAAAGUUAUAUAUAGGUGAACAUUUAAAAAAACCUAAGAAAACAUCUAUAAAUUAAGCACUAAAUAACAGUGCAGUUGUAUCCUGGAUUAAAAGUAAACUUUUAUCUAUAUAUCUUGCGACAUAUAUUUCAAUACAAUAUAUGAAAUAUUGAACAUAUCAGAAAGCAAAAUAAAUGUUUUACAGAUAAAAAAUAAAAAUUGCAUUAAUUUAAUCCAAAAACCCAUAUUUAUAGAACUCUCCUAACUUUUAUAAGGGAGGCAGUAUCGGCUUCUUAGUUAUAAGCAAGUGCAAUUUUUAAAUGUCUGUGAUCUCUGCUUUAUCAGAAAUAUUAUCCUAAAUAGAAUAUUUUAAUUUUUACUUUUUAUGGGGGGAAAAACCCUCAGCAUUUAAAAACGCACUUUAUCUAAUUGACUAUAGACACUGUUUUGCUCUAACAAUAAUUCACAGAUUGUUCUUUAAGUAGAGAAAUGAAGACUUAUUUUUCUGGUUCAAACUAAUGGAAAAAGUUAGGUAAGCAGAAAAAAGCAGAGCCCUGGUUCUGGGAUCAGCUCCCUUAUCUUGCAACAGUAUAAUGUGAUGUACAGUGACUACAGAUAAAGGUUAAGCUACAAUUUGAAGAUGCAUAUGAAAAGUGAUACUUCAAACAACACAGUGCUCACUGUUACCAUCUUUUAUCUCACCACACCAGAUUUUCCAGAGUAAUGGAUGAAUUCUGACUGCAGGGAAUCCAGGUCUGAAUCUUGACCAUCUGUGCUCAGGCAAAAGCUGAAGAGUUAACCCUCUCAUAGCCACCGACAAAUUGGCAAUAUAUUUUGCCACUGGUUGUGAAAGGAUUAACACGGUAGUUCUGACCCUGAAAGGUGAACUCCACCCCUUCCCUCUCUGAAGCUGGUAGGGGAAGAAGAAUGGCAAUCAUUUUACAGCAUCCUGCUUACCUUUAUUACAGUUACAGUUAGAUGAGUUAGCAUGCUCAAACCCUGCUCUUCAUUUCCUUACUUUAAAGAAAUGACCAAAACAUGAUAUAAAAUGACAAAAACCCUUUGUGAUUUCAUUGGAGAUUCCUCUAUAUAGGACUGAGUGAUUCUCAGCUCUCAUUCAUCAACACUGUAGCCCUCCACCCAACUUCUUCCAAAGGCUCCUAAUGCAUUGUCCUCCAAAGUUCUGCAGACUGAAAAAGAAAGAAAGCACAUGACAGUACAAACUGAAGUUGCAGGUCUCUCCUCUGUUUUGAGCGUAUACAGUUGACUUCAACUGCCUUGUACCUGCUAACUCUAGUGAGCAGGUAUAUAAAUUUGGCCUACAGACUCUAGUUGUGAACAGUUUAUAAAAUAAGUCUAGCCAAUGAUAAUACAAUAAAGGAGUUGUUUUCAAGUGGUAACAUUUCAAUCUGUAAAAUUUCAAUCUGUAAAAGUCCACUUUUUCAUAGUGGAUCUAUAAUGUAAGAGCUGACAAUUAACCCAAUUUUCUGGUAAAGUUUCUACAUAAAACUCUUUGUGGCUCUACCAGAUAGUAUCCUUCAUUUACUAACAGAUCAUAUCUCUGAAAAAGGUUGCGUGUUUGAAGUAAUUUUGUAUAUAAUUACUGAAAAGAAUAUUUUCUGAAAGUUAAGUUAUAUCAUAUACAUUCAGAAGAAAUAUGCAAUAGUUCACCACUUACCUUUGGAGCCAUUUUAAAAAUGAAUGUUUGAGUCACUGAAAGGUCAUCCUGUUCUGGAAGAAUCCAUUCAUCUUAUGGUAGUCUACUAUAAAUGUAGUAGUAGAAAUACUACAUAUAAUUACUGAGGGAUAGAUGGUACAAACAUGAUUGAUAAUAUCCAUGAUUAAUAUUACUUUUAUUCACUGCUAGAAGGAAGCAGACAGCAAAUAAAAGAAACAAUGUUAUCUUACUUGUAAAUAAAAUAUAAAUCAUAGGUCAUAUGCAUAUUUAGCACUAUUUAUCAUGUACCCUAUACAUACAAUCAAAACUUUAAUCAGCUUAUGCAACUGAUAUUUAUACACACCAACUGCUAAAGCUUCCUUAGCCUGACGAAGGGUUUUUGAACCCAAAAGCUUGCUUAAUAACUAUUCUCCAACUAUUUGGGUUGGUCUAAUAAAAGAUAUCUAAUUCACCCAAGGAACCUUGUCUGAUAUUUAUUAAGGAUUUUAUUUGGUUGUGCAAUCCAUUUAAGCUCUCUAAAGAUAUUAAUGAAAAAUGAAGUAUAAGGAUAGAAAUUCUAUUCACAAUCUGCCUCUUUUGCCAAUGUAUCUUUAUUUUUACACCUUUUUGGCCUACAAGGGAAUUAUAUG